AUGACGAACAACAAUAACGGUGUGAGCGGCAGCGCGGGCGGCGAGCCCGCCUCGGCCGAUAUGGACUCGCUGGAGGAAAUGCUUCGUAAGCAUGGUCAUAUAGUGGCGCUGACCUCCGUAGCUGGACUGAGCUAUAUCAAGGAUCAGUUACCUUUGAGCGUGGCCCAGUUUGCAGUCCAGGGGCUGGCCGAGUCUCUCAUGGAGGAUCUCAGGAUACAUAAGGUGGAAGGUGUCCAUGUAACACUGACUCAUAUUUAUCCGUUCAUCGUUGAAGAAAGUUCAGAUGUAAGGCUGAAAAUACCAAGCUACUUCGGCCCCAUAACGCCUGCGCUGGCGGCGUCGUCGAUCCUCGACAGUGUCCGUCGGAACUACCACUCGGCUUCAGUACCGAAGCACCUGGUGUACCUCGGUCGCCUUCUACGAGUGCUGCCAAGGAAGGCGACCGUUCUCAUCAGGGAUUUGCUCGAUACCGGAGUGGACUUUGCUUAGUGAAAUU